GCGCGCUUCACUCCCGCACCCGACCGUGCCGGCUCAUUUACUACCGCGCUAUAUUUAACCGCUGCGACCAGAUUAAUAUCUGCAUGUUCCUCCUCAAAAAUAAGUGAUCCGUCUCUGGACAAAACGAGUGACGUGAAUACUGGACCGCGAGUGUUGUUCUUGUCAGUGCCAUUUAAAUGACUGGAUAACAUAAACAUUAAUUCUUUUCGUAUAUUGCAAGGCAGGAAGUAAAUACGAUUCACGGCAAACUGCGACCCUCAAAAUGAAUCCGCCGUCAGCGAUUCACAGCGCCAUGAGCCGCGAGCGCAAGCCGUUCACGUACACUCCGGGGGGACUGGACCUCUCCGAGAUCAAGUCUGAGCGGAUGGCCAAACGGCUGAUGAGGAAUGCGAUGAACCAAGGAGUGCCCGAGUUACCCCCUCAGGCGUUGCAGUCUCCGCCAACGCCGUCUACGCCAAUAGCCGUUCCUAAUUUCAAUUGCUUGCCGGUUCAAGUGUUUCCAACCAUCAAUUUGCCAGCAAAUCCUAAAUCGCUAUUGAGAACGCGUAGUAUUCCAGAUCAACCCAAAGAACCACCACAGUCAAAAGUGUCUCCACCUACUCAAGCAGUUAACAAUUAUAAUUUUAAACCAAGUGGAAUUGAACACUUACGUGAAACUCUCAGCAAUAAUACGGGGGUAUAUCCACUUGUAAACAAUAAUAGUUUGAAUAACAGUCGGCCAACUUCGCUGUGCGAAAAUAAUAGUAAUAGGCCAGCACCUAUGUUUGAGUACAGUACAUCUACUUCGGACUGCAACAUGCGGAGUCUACCGACAACAAAUUAUGGAAGUAACGCCUAUACGGCGUCUGUGCUGCCAGAAAUUAGUUACGAUGCUGAAUUUCUGACUACCAUACCAAGGAAAGUUGAUACCGAUAAUAGUUCUAUUAAUGUUUUAAUAAGCAAUGGAAGCAAUUCGACAACGAUCAAUGAAACCGAAUCAGCGGCAACAAAUUUUACAAUAAAGCCCAUAUCAGAAACAUGUAUUCCCAUUGAAACAAAGCCUGUUGAAGAAAAUGACGCGACUGAUGUUAAUGAUGAACAGAGAGAAGUCAAGGUGGUAAAGAAACAAGUUAAAAAAGAAAAUAAAACUGAGACUCAAAAUGGAGAUCAGAAUGGAAAUACGGAAACAGAAAUGGUUGUAAAACUACCUGCAAAGAAAGUGGCUCCUAAAGUUGAAACUAAAGUCGAUGUUGUUAAGAAAACACUGCCUGAUGGAUCCGUAGAAGAAAUAAAAACAACAACUACGAGGACAACUAUUGAUGGCCGAACAGAGAUUAAAACAAGAACUGAAACUACAGUAAUUCCUAAACAAGAAGAGGAAGUUGAGGAAGUGGAAGAGGAAGAAGAAGAAAUGGGUGGAGUUGUGGUUGAGGAAACAGAAGAAAAUGGUGAAGAAGAGGUUGUUGAAGAACCCACUACGGUAGUAGUCAAAAAAACAAUAAAGCAAAAACCGGUUGAGACUAGCAAUGUUAUCAAAAAAGAGGAAAGAACUGAAACCACAACUACAAAGAAAGUAGUAGUCGUACAACAAUCCGCACAGAAAGAAGAGGAUGAAGAGGAAGAGGAGGAGGAGGAGGAAGAAGAAGAAAUUAGAGAUGAACCAGAAACUGUAGUUGUAAAAAAAUCUACUGAAACGCCUUCAAUCGCACAAAAGGAGGAAUCCAAACAAGAAGUAGUUCAAGAGAUUAAAGGAAACAAUGAAGUAGUUAAAAAUGUGGACGCUAAGAAACCAGAGGUUGAAGAAGAACUAGAAGAGGAAGAAGAAGAAGAAGAGGAAGAAGUUGAAGUCGUUAAAAAGAAAGAAGAAACUGUAGCACCGUCAAAGAAAGAAGAGCCUGCCAAAGACCAAGAAGACGAAGAAGAAGAUGAAGAAGAAGAAGAAGAAGAAAAGCCUGCAGAACCUGUAAAGCCCGCUGAACCUGCUAAGCCUAUCGAAAGCAAGGAUCAGCAAGAAAUUGACGAAGAAUCAGAAUAUACUGAAGAAGAAAUUGAGUCGGAGAAGGAAGAAGAUCCUACUCCAAAAUCAGAUUUACCUAAAGCUGAGCCAGAAAAAGAAGAAGAAAAUGCCAAAGAAAAGACGGAAGAGCCUAAAGAACCACCUGCUUCAACUCCUGCACCGGAGCAAAAAGUUCCACUUAGAGAGCCUUCUGUCCCUCUAGAGAAAGUUGAGGAAGUGGAAAUUAAACCUAUUGGCACGACACAUGAAUCCAAAACAACUACAUCAAGUACAGAAAUUAUUACCGGAGGAAAUGACAAGCCUGCAGGAACAUUAAGCACGCAAACCGAAUACAAUAGAUAUGAAAAUAUUGUCACUGUCAAUCGUACUACCAAGACGUUGGACCACUCCUACGAACAAUUAACGCAGCAAGGUAUUCCUACUGUAAAAACUUAUUUUGCUCCUGAAAGGGAAAGAGUUUCGAUAUCACCUUCGAGACCAUAUCAGUCUACGCAAGUUUACUCUCCAUCGUAUCCUCAACCACAGCAACAACAAGAGAGACGCCAUAGUCUGCUCUUGGAAAGAUUAAGUACUGAACGUCAAAUGCCAUCAGAUUUGUAUCACAACCAAAAUUAUCAAUUCAAUCAAAGCUUUGACCAACAAAGGCAAUGGUCGCAAGAACCGCAAUCUGAAGUAGUUAAUGUGAGCAACGUAAAGCCAAGCUCCAUCACAAACCAACAAUGGUAUCAACAAAGUAGGAAGGAAAAUGUCAUCUUUAAUAAUAUAACACCUUCUGCUCCCGCAGUUUCCAGCCAGCAAUGGAGUCAGCCCCAGACCCAGGCUCAGCCUCAGGUGCAACAUCCGCUUCCAUCUCAACCUCAACCCCAAUAUCAACCUUCUUACUCUGAAUCUUUGCAAAACAACUCUAGAAUCAGUUCAAAUACUUACCAGCAACAGAGUUAUCACACACCCACUCCUACAAACUGGGCUAGCAAUAACCUUACUAGCAGUACAUUAUCCACUGCUAAUACGCAAUCCAAUCAAUAUUCACUCCUGAGCAGAGACUCUACGGAGAGUUACCAAAAGUCUACACAGCAGUACUCAUCUUCUUAUGUGCCUCCACCGUGGGAGCAGGACCCUAAUUAUGUAGCUCCUCCUCUUGAGACACAGAAUUUCUAUCAACCUCCUCCUUCAUCUAACACUUUUAGCCCAGCUUCUAAAGCUGGUUGGAAGCCAACACCACCAUCAAGCAAAUUUUCUAAACCUAUCUCGACUGCAUAUGUACCACCUGCACCAAACCAGUCGUUCGUGAAGCCAGUGACAGCUACAGAGCUACCAAAUUUACCCGGACGCAAGACGUAUUAUAGCGAAUAUGAACGACGAUAUAUAACGGUGCCAGAAUCUACUUAUAUCCCAUCAGAGACAAAGUACCAACCUCAACCGGAUCCAUCGCCUCAGUACUACUACGAUAACAAUGAACCUUGUGAAUCUGUCGAGCCCACGUGGCGUAAAGAGCUUCGCGAAUUCACUGAGAAAACCACACAACAAACUGCAUCAUCAACUGUGUCAUCAGUGAGACCUCCUUGGGAAGAAGAUCCUAAAUACGCAAAGGUCCCUACUGUAUCUUACAAUCCAACGCCGUCGUGGAGUCAAACGCUUCGGCCACAGUCUUAUCGCGAAAGAAGUUUUGAGGCUGAGCUUGUUGGAUCAAAUGAAUGGUCUAAGACCAAUACUCUGGGUCGAGGCCGACCUUUGAGUUCCUACGGAAACACCAACAUCGACGUUUCUGUUCCUGAACGACCAAGAGGGGUGUCAGUUGACAGAUACAAUCCUAACUACUACCAGUCCCCUCCAAAUCCGUCCGAGCACGGUCCCGUGCAAUCGCACACUUUAACUCCGACUCCCCCGGCGAAAAGUUAUCACAAUCCCAACGUGCCUGCCUAUCACGCUCGGGCUUCAGCUGAACCUAGAGAGCAGCAGCCUACAAUUCCACAACCGCGCAACUGGGGAGAUUCUCGUCACAGCCCAAUCCAGUCGAGAUCCUUUAAGUACCUCCAGUGGAUUACCGGCACUGAAAAUUGAGCAUCAAGCAGACAUUAGUUUAGUGUUAAGGCUUAAUUUAUGUAACAUAGAGACGUAGUGAGAGCAACUUUGGAAGGUAGUGAUGUCGGACUCUAUAACUGUGCGCAAUUGGUAGGUCCUAUGAGUAUCUUGUUUCUGUGCCAAAUUAGCCGAAGCGAUUUUUAAUGCAAAAGCGAAUUUUAUGUUUGCCUGUCAUCAUUAAUCGUAAUGACUAUUUAUUAGCUCCACAUGUAAAAUCAAUCAUGUUAACAGUAUUAGUCUUCAUGUUAACAUUUACAUUUAAAUGUUUCUGCACCUAAUGGGGAACGCACAUUAAUGCUAGAUCCCGAUCCUUUGGAUGAAUGAUUGCCUUUGGUUUUCUUUGGAUACUAGAACGUCUUUGACAGUAAUGAGAGAAAACGUGGAUGCACUAGCAUAGAACACUAUCGCUUGCGUUUUGUGACAAGUUUGGAGUCGGCGUCGGGCAUUCACGUAUCGGGUUUAUAGCCUUUACGAGUUUCAUAAUGAUCCUAGAAUUCGUCAUCCGAAUUCAAAGAGAUUAAAAUUAUGAAACCAGAAUGCAAACAUCCAAAACAGUUGUAUGCACGUAAUUACUUAAGGUUGUACAAUUCGAGACGAAUAGAUCGAUUGAAUGUAAAAUUAGGUUAAGUUAUUCUCUGGUAGACUUUGCACCUUUAUCUGUCUGUAUAAUUUUCAUUUGUUUAUAAUAAUUAAUUUUGUAUUCAGUUUGCCUUAGCGGUACUCUUAUACGUAUUAAAGUAGACAUCUGUAUUUGCAGGCUUCGUGCAAUUAUGUCGUUUAUAUGUGUCGUUUUGAUAAUUUACACUUUGUUGAACAGUACUGUAACACGAUGAUGUGAUAUUUUGAAUUCUUUUUGUCUAACCUAGUCAUUGGAGACGUUGUGUCGCUAGUCUUAGUAUGACAUAAAAUUUUCUUAAUUUUUAUGCCAAUGCAUUUCUGCUUCAAUUGUUUUUAACUAAUUUGAUAUGUAAUAACUUUUUACACAUUUUUCUACUUAUGUGCCAUUGUGUAGAUAGUGUGUCCUUGUAACUUAUUAUAUUAUGUAUUUAACUUAAUAAAUAUUUUUUUAUGAUGUACCCGUACACUACCUUUGCUUAAAUAAUUUAUUAGUAUUAGUUAUUAAAAAUUAACAAUACUUAUAAAGUAAGGCUUUUUUGAUAUCGAAGUCAGAAAGUGUUUUAGAAGUUCCUCUUCUCAGUUAUAAUAAUGUAAAAAAAUAUAUAAAAAUACAUCGUUCUCUAUCUACA